AUGCAAGUCGCAGCCUUCCUAUCAGAUCUCAAGUCCCUGAGCGUUUGUUCCCACGAAGCGGCCAUCGCCCUCGUCAAGCCACCUACCACCACCACAACAAAAACAAAAACAACCGAUGACGGGGCUCUUCAAACCUCAUCGACAAAGUCGGACGAAACAAGUGGGCAACCAGCGCAGUCUCUACCAAAAGACCAAGACGAUAAGGACCUGCACCGUGCAGACGAACUCGUCUCGCUCUACUACGACGUCAAGGUAAAAUUCACCGAGAGAGGCCCCGAUCCUGACUUUGUCCAAGCGGGCAGGGAGGUCGACCAGGUCCUGGCGGCCUUGUCCAGAUCAGACCGAUAG